CGGCAAUCUUGUUACUGGGCCGGGUACUCUUUGCUAUUAGUCACAAACCAGUGAAUGCUCCCUAUUAGACGUCAAUUAUCUCGUCAACUUUUUCACUCUACCAUCAGAUUAUCCAAAGCCGCCAUGCACGUCAAAGCCAUCCCUAUGAGAUGGGGAACAGGAGAUAAUUAUGCUUACCUUCUUAUUGAUACUCCAACUAAACACGCAUGGUUAAUUGAUCCAGCUGAACCCGAGGAAGUUCAAGCUUAUCUCUCGCAAGUUAAGAAUGAUUUUGAAUUGAAGGCCAUUGUCAAUACCCAUCAUCAUAAUGAUCAUUCAGGUGGUAACAGGGCAUUCCAUAGCAAGUACCCGGACCUCCCGGUUAUUGGUGGCAAGGAUUCUCCAUUAGUAACAUAUACACCAACUCAUGAAGAGGUAAUUGACUUGGGGGAUAAUCUUUCUAUUACAGCCUUGCAUACCCCUUGUCAUACCCAAGACUCCAUUUGUUAUUUCGUGCAAGAUCUGAGUACAGGUGAAAAGGGUGUCUUCACCGGUGAUACUCUUUUUGUCAGUGGAUGUGGUCGUUUCUUUGAAGGCACAGGUGCUGAAAUGAACCAUUCAUUGAACAAGAUUCUUGCCAAACUCCCAGCUUCGACCAAGACGUAUCCUGGUCAUGAGUACACCAAAUCAAAUGUUAAAUUUUCUCGUACAGUGUUACAAAAUGAAGAUAUUGCAAGAUUAGAGAAGUACCUCUCUGAGAACGAGAAAACUACUGGGGUAUUCACAAUUGGUGAUGAAUUGAAAUUUAAUCCCUUCAUGCGUCUCUCGGAUCCUCAAAUUCUCAAGGUAACUGGUCUUGAGGAUGCCGACUCUAUAAUGGAUAAAUUGAGAGAAUUAAAGGACAAAGCUUGAGUAUUUGAAAUCAUUUACAUUAUCUCUAAAUAGAGAAAUAAUUGGGGAAUGACUUA